AUGCGACGCGUAUAUCAAAGAAUCUGUCGGGAUGCCCUUAGUCACAGCACCCCGUCGGGCCGCGCGGCUUUCGCUGCUGCUAUCAGUACUCUUUCCGCUGCUUAUGAUGGCAGCCGAGGCGGUAACAAAAUAAGUGCUGCUCUGGCAACCCCCAUGCGCUUUUGCUCCACCUCGAGCGACGCAGCGACAAAAAAGCCGGUGGACAUCACCGACGAAGACGUUGUUAUCGACCCAACACCCGCGGCGAAGGAUGGAUCUACAGGCGCUGAUGCGGCCUCGCCAUCAUCAUCAUCAUCGGCAAAGCCCAAUGAAGAUUCCGAGCGGGUGGUUGGAGAAUCGGAAGAAAUGGGAUUCAAGACGGAAACACGACAGCUGCUGGAUAUUGUUGCCUGCAGUUUGUACACUGAGAAGGAGGUAUUCAUUCGUGAGCUGGUUUCAAACUCCAGUGAUGCUUUGGAGAAGCGCCACCUGUUGGAGAUCAGCAAACCGGAGGAGUACCCGCGUGAGGAAGACGACGAGGCUCCCUUCAUUGCCAUUUCCUGCAACCAGAGCAAAAGUCGCUUUGUUAUUCGCGACACGGGUGUCGGCAUGACGAGAGAGGAACUUGCAGAGAACCUUGGCACCAUUGCGGGCUCCGGAUCAAAGGAAUUUGUGCGCGAGCUGCAGAGCGCCGCGUCCGGUGCGCAGGCUGCUGAAAAAAUUAUUGGUCAGUUUGGUGUUGGCUUCUACGCUUCUUUUAUGGUGGCGAAACAUGUCAAGGUAUACAGCCGUAGUGCGAAAAAGGGCAGUAAGGGUUAUCUGUGGGAGUCGGAUGGCACAGGCACGUUUAAGAUAACUGAGUGCGAGGGUGUGGACAAGGGGACAAAGAUUGUUCUUGACGUCAAGGACACGGAGCUCUCCUUUUGCACCCCACAGGUGUGUGAGCGUGUUUUGAAAAAAUACAGCAAUUUUGUUUCAUAUGAGAUAACACUUAAUGGUGGGAAGGUGAAUACGGUCGAAGCACUUUGGAUGAAGGACAAGAAUGCCGUUUCCAAUGAAGAACAUAUCGA